UGUGGCGGAAGUGACGGCGGUGCAGAUCCGGAUCGGCUUUGAACUGUUUUUCAGCGGUCACUGACGGGUUUAUUAGCCGAGCUGCGGGUCCGGCGGGCGGGCAGAGACACGCUGCUGCCAGCCGCGCACUGUUUACUCCGUAUCCGCGGACUGGAGGAGUGAGAGGAGGACGGGCUGGACUCUGUGUUUAGCUUUAAGCCCGAGAGAGAGAGCAGGGUGUGAGUCCGCCGUGAUCACAGCGGAUCUACUGGAUCACCGACAAGGAAACUAACCUAGACUAAGCUAGACUACUUCUCUGUACAGACAGACAGACCUGCCGCCUCCGCGAAACUUCACACAGACACUUUCACCUGAACUACUGCAGCUCUUUCUCUUUCUCUCUAAAGCCACGCUGAACCGAGGAUGAGUCCGGAGCUGCUCUUCACACACGAUAACUGAAUGUGGACCCCGAUCUGAUCUGGAAGAACAGCGUGUAAAAGUCCCUGUGAAGUUAGUUUAGUUUAGUUAGAUGGUCUGUUAGGAUCACAGCGCUGUAUUAUGGUUGACAUGCUGAAGACUCGGCAGUGCAUGCUGUGUGUCCGCACUUUCUUCGGCGUUACGUCCAAAAUAUGGAGCUUCUUUUUAUACAUUCUCAGGAAACACCUCCGGACGAUAAUUCAGUAUCAGACAGUCCGAUAUGAUACCUUACCCCUGUCACCGCUCUCCAGAAACAGACUAAAUGCAGUAAGGCGAAAGAUUCUUGUUUUAGAUCUUGAUGAGACACUUAUUCACUCUCACCAUGACGGGGUAUUGAGACCGACGGUACGACCUGGCACUCCUCCAGACUUCAUCCUCAAAGUUGUUAUAGAUCGGCAUCCAGUACGAUUUUUCGUGCAUAAAAGGCCCCAUGUGGACUUCUUCUUAGAGGUGGUGAGUCAGUGGUACGAGCUGGUAGUCUUCACUGCUAGUAUGGAAAUCUAUGGCUGUGCAGUAGCCGACAAGCUAGACAACAACAAAGGCAUCCUGAAUCGCAGAUACUACAGACAGCAUUGUACAUUGGAUUUAGGGAGUUAUAUAAAAGACCUGUCUGUCGUACACGCUGACCUUUCCAGUAUAGUAAUUCUUGACAACUCGCCUGGGGCAUAUCGCAGCCAUCCAGAUAAUGCAAUACCCAUAAAGUCGUGGUUUAGCGACCCCAGUGACACAGCACUUCUUAACCUGCUGCCAAUGCUGGAUGCAUUAAGAUUUACCUCUGAUGUCCGGUCCGUCCUUAGCCGAAACCUCCACCAGCACCGACUUUGGUGAUUAUCCAGCUAAGAGACUGGAUGAGCAAAUCCAUGUCCGCUCUCCGUCCGUGUCGACGGCAGCUUCUCACAGCACCCAGUCUGAGGGUGAUUGGACAGAUGCCUAAAUCUGGGCUAAACAGGCUUUAGGGAUGUAGAGAUGGCUGACUUGAAGAGGACUGGGGACAUUGUCUAGUUUUCCUUUUCUUUUUUUCUCUCAUAAUGGUUGUCUCUGCCUUACAGUUCUCGUGGAGGAGAGAAGUGAAUGCUUGUGUGUGUGUUUGUGUGAGAAAUUGUGGUCUAUUAGACAGUAUGAUGUGUGAAUGAUGCCUGUGAUUUUUUUUUUCUUUUAAAACUUUUGACAGUACUGAAUGGAUAAACUUUAAGGCAACAAAGAUUUUUAUCGGAAUGUCUGUUUGGACCCCAUGCCUCUAACUAUGUUUUAAAUGGGGGUCUAUUGAAAAAAGUAUCUAUGUGCUACAGGCACUCUGGACAUUUUGGCAAUGUUUAAUGGCUUUUUUUUUUUUUUUUUUUUUUGACUGUGACCUCUACGUCCCAGCUGAAUUCAGGGUAAAUUUAAUGCUGUUGGAGUAUUGUUGAGGUACAGUGUUGAAAGAAGUAUUUAAGGAUUUAUGUACAAUAUAAGCUAACUCUUGGUAAUUGCAUAUGGCUAUAUGUAUGAAAAAUUUGCAGGAAAUUCAAUCAUUUUGUACCUCUGGUCAGUUCAUUCUUUUCCACACUCAAACAUCUAGAACCUACCUGGAGAGCAGUAAGCCAGUCUGGUGACUGUCACAGAAUGUUUCUGCUUUCUCAGCUGCAGUUCUUUAAAAUUGAACAAAAACGGUUUUCAUAACUUGAAUUUAGGACUUGCAUUACAAUGAAUACUGUGUUGCAAGCCUGUAUAACUGUGCUGAACAGCUAACUGAGCAUCCACCCCCAACUUUUGUACUCUAUGCAUAUCCUGUUGUUUUUUUCUGUUCAUCUUUCAGAUAAAUUCUACUCUUGAUGAAUCUCAAGGCAGCUCCCAGGGACUCAGUCCUCAGAUCUGCACAUUACUAAUAAAAUACAUCAGUGUCA